AUGUCAACUCGCCCACUUUGGGUGAAUCGCAGCCACGUGUCUGUGUUGUUUCCCUGUCCUCCAGUGACGUAUUUCCGGCGAGCGGCGCGUGGAACUUCCGGUCUGGGGGUCUUUGUUUUAUUGGCAUCCAGGAGCCGCCGGAGACGCAGCGAGCUCGGUGUGUGUGAGCGGGGGAGACACCGGGGGAGUGGGAGGGAGACAAUACGGUAUAAUAUCCGCCAUAGCAAGCCGUGCUCACAGCAAUGGGUCCUGUGACCGCACCUGAGCUCAAGCAGGGAAUCCGCUAAAUACAGAGUGCCGCCUGCAUGGCACUCAUGGGACAACCCCCUAUCUCCGGAUACCGGGCGGGCAGGGCGAGGUCGGUCUGCUAGUAUGGGCAGUGGCUGUGUUAAUGUGGGAUAAUACAGUGUUGUGUGGGUCUGCCGUGUGUAAAGCAGGCCCCGCCAUUACAUUACAUGAUAUCAAUGCAGGCACCCCGACAUAUAGGAAGGGUUAUUGUGUGUGUGUGUAUCGAGCAGGGCUGGGCUGUGAUUUACUAUAACAAAGCUACGCAGAGUGUUGGUGGCCCACAUGCAUCUGUCCAUUCUACAAUACAGUGCAGAACGUUCUAGCGAGAAACACGUGUUUACUGUUAUCAGUGUGCCAACUUCAAGCUGUGUGAACACUAAUCAUUAACGGGUUUCCUCCCACCACCUUUCUUGGGCCCAUCUUUCUAUAAACACAAGCAUGUGUCAAUAUCCUUUGUCAUCCACUAUUCCAAGUGCCACCGACAUUUCUUCCAUAUCUCAUUCCAUGUCUCAUUUUAUGUCCUUUGCCAAUAAUUUAAAAUACCUUCCAAUCACUUAAUGAUCAUUAAUCCUUGCUAGGCUGUAUGUUCGCUAUGAUGCCCAGCUAUUCAUUUAGUUCCCCAGCCUCUUAUUUGCUAACUCUUCCUAGGUGUCCAUUUUCAGUUCCACUAGUGUCAUGCAUCUCUUUCAAUAGCUACCCAUUUCAUGCUAGGCAUUUCUACUCCUCCUUUCCAGUCAUCCCUUUUCUUUUGCCUGUUUCAUCCAUCUAAUACUCCCUUUCUUAUCCCCUGAAUGCUUGCCUGUCACUUAUCUCCGUCCGUUGUUACAUAGCCAUGGACUCCCUGUCUAUUCUUAUCAUAUCCUAGCAAGCUGUUUAUAUCAUCCUCCCUACUUUUCUGGCAAACAGAGCAGUGAAGAGUAAAGCUGCAGAUGGCUCUGAAAAACUAUAUGUAACUAUUAAUUGUUAGACAUGGCACAUUUGGUUCUCUGGCAAAUGAAGCAGUCAAGGGCAAAAAUCCAUAGGGUAGGACAGUGAGAAAGUGGUUCUGAUUUGUAAGUCAUGACCUGUGAGAGUAUGAUAGAUGUGUAAACUUGGUUGGUAUAUGAACAAGUGCUUAGGAGAAUGAUUUCUCAUACUCUUUAAAAAGAUGGGUUUCAAAACCAUUCUUAAAAUUACUGUCUCUGAGACAAAGUAGGAAGAUCCAGAGAUGUUGAGGUAACAUUUAAAAAGUCUAAUCGAGUCUCCAGUAAUCUUAUUUAGCUUUUUGUUGCUAUCUUUCUCACACAGUUUCAGUAUCCACUACGCUUCGCCCUCUUUUUUCUUUGCGUUUAAUCCCUGCCAUCUGGAAAAUGCCCAAACGGGGAAAGAAGGAAGAUGUGAAGACUGGAGCUGAGCCUGAGAUUGAUGGAGCUGGUAUGCAAAAGAUAGAAAUAGAACAUUAAAGUAGUGGGUUCUUUGGAAUGUUCAAUGAAACACAUUUUAUUUUUCACAGAACCAGAAGUUAAGAAGGGGAAGAAAGGAGCAGGUAAAGAAGUGGACCAAGCUGUUCUAUAUGAAGAUGCUCCUGACAAGCUAUCUACAGCCGAUGGCAAGAAGUACACCUUGAAGAUCAGUUCGUGGAAUGUGGAUGGAGUUAGGGCCUGGGUUAAAAAGCAGGGGCUGGAUGUGAGUGCAAGGUCAUAAGGCCUUUUUCUUCCUAUUUUCUCUCUAAAUAUUGUGGACACAAAACAAUGAAAUUAUUAGCCUAAAUGGACUUUAUUCACUCAAAACAACUCUAUCUCCGUAAGGUUGAUUUGAGGACUGGAGUUUCUGGUCAAAGACUUGCCUUAAAGAAACAAACAUAUUCCUGACCCUAUUGUGUUAAAACCACAAUCUUGCCUCCCUAAAUAUAUUUAAGUCUGAAGCUGCUGCCUAUGCCCCUGAACUGCUUCUGUCUGCUGACAUCAUCAGAAGUGGUGGUCUGAGCCAAUCACAAUGCUUCCCUGUAGGAUUGGCUGAGACUGUCAAGUAGGCCGAUCAGGGGCAGAGCCAGCACAAGUCAAACACAGCCCUAGCCAAUCAGCAUCUCCUCAUAAAGAUAAAUUGAAUCAAUGCAUAUAUAUGAGGUAAGUUUGGUGUCUGCAUGCAGAGGGUGGAGACACAGAAUGGCAGUGCUGCCCACCCUGCAGCACUGCCCCAGGAAGCACCUCUAGCAGCCAUCUGAGGAAUGGCCAGUAGAGUUAUUACUAGGCUGUAAUGUAAACACUGCAUUUUCUCAGCAGAAAGCCUGAAGGGAAUGAUUCUAAUCACCACAACAAAUACAGUAAGCUGUAGUUGUUCUGGUGACUAUAGUGUCCCUUUAAACUGACACGCCACUGUCCAAACCAAUACAUAUCACUGUUUAGUAGAUAUACAACUAAGGAAACCUGCACGUUUUUAAUUAUGCAUUUUUCAUUGAGGAUAUAUAUAAAACAGCUUGCAAAAAUUAUUUUGUUUGUUGCCUUUGCAAACCCACUCCCAGCCCAUAAUCUCUGUGGCUGUACAAUUACAUAAUUUUAAAUGCAGCUCAAUGAGAGGUCAUUGCAAGGCAGGUGCUCUGAGCAAUUGCCUGUCUCUUGAGUUUAGCUGCUCAGCGCUAAACAAACUAGGAAGUAACAAGAACUGUUUUCUGUUUGAAAGUCAGGUGGUGUAAGAAGGUUAAUUUAUAAAGGUGCCAAUUUCUUUUAAAAACACUUUUUGUAAAAUGGAAAAAUAAAAAGACAUACUCUUCACACAUAAUGCUUUUCAGCAAGCUGCAGUGUAUACACUGUUUAUCAGGCACUUGUCCACACUCUCUUGUCCUUUCUUUGUUUGGUCACCACACUGAGCAUAGAAGGAAAUUAUUGAAAAGCUGUGUGUGCCAGUGAUUGGCUGAAAGCGUUAGCCAGAAUAUCUUUAUUCACAGAGGUGGGUCAGCUUACUGGUGCCCAAUGCUUCUUAAUUAUUCCCUUCUCUUCUCAGUGCAAUGGCCCAGCAGAGAGCAUCUUAAGUGUUCAAAAUCAUGUUUACGCCUUACGAUUUCACCUUGUGAAGCAAUUGAAUCCCAUUAAUAUUCAAACCUAAUAAAUGGAAUGAUCUAAUUUCAUUCUUCGUAGAGAUGUAUAAAUGAGAUGUAACUGGUAAAAAGGAAAAUGACGGCAUCUAAUCAUGUAAUUAAAUGUUGUUGUUUUUUUGUAGUGGGUGAGAGAGGAAGACCCACAUAUAAUAUGCCUUCAGGAAACAAAGUGUGCGGAGAAAGCCCUGCCUGCUGAAAUAAAGGACAUGCCAGAGUACCCUCACAAGUACUGGGCCUGCUCUGAUGAUAAGGAAGGGUAUAGUGGUGUUGCCAUGCUCUGUAAAGAUAAACCUCUAAAUGUGACAUAUGGAAUUGGUGAGUACUUAUACGUGUUUUCUUACAUCUCUAAACUUUUGUCAUUUAGAUAAAUCUGGAACUUGGAAUGAAACCACUGUUUAUGGAUUACUAUUUUUUAUUAAAUAGUCUAGAAUAUUAUACAGGGAGAAGAUCACUGCUGAUCCGUCUCCCUGCACAUCACACUGACCGCGGAAGUGCAGGGACAGCGCGAUCGGGUGCUCCCGGGCUGCCUCGAAUAUCAAGGCAGACCGGAGGAGCGUUAACCUCGCACUCUGGUGUUAAAUUUAGUAUCAUACCUUUUUUUUUUUCUUCUUUUUUUUUUUUUUACUUCAGGGGUUCAAUUUAUUUCAUUAAUUAAUUUAAAUAUUUUAAAAUGAUAUAUUUUGCUAGCUGGGGUGAGUGGGAGUUAUGGGAAAUUGGGGAAUUUACUGUUAAUGCUGCUUAUUGCUAGUUAGGGGUUAACAGUGGAAAGAAGUUAAUGCUAUUUUAAAAGUGUAAAAAUAAUUUUAAGAAAGUUUAAAAGAAUAAAAAAAUACAUUAAAAAAUGCUUAUUACCGCUACACCUGGAACAAACUAGCGAAAAAAGAUCCCACACUAAGGUUCAAAAUAUGCCUUAUGAAAUAUCCCAUGAUCUAUUCUUUAAAAAAUGGUAUGCGUUUGUGGGUUGGUUUGAAUAACAAACCAGCUAAACUACUACAUGGACACAGCAUAAAACUUCAAAGUUAUAAAAAAAAAAAACUGGCUGCGUCUCAAAUGUGCCCUUUCAACAUCCACAUAUACCCGGCAAAGGUACAUAUGGGGGUAUUGUUGUACUCAGACGACAUAGCUGAGCAACAUAUGAAAUAUUAUACAGCCGUAGCACACAUAAGAUUUGCAAAAUAAACUGUGCAAACUUACCUUGUGUAUCAAAAAGGCAGAAAAAAAUGCUUAUUACCACUACAAGCUAGCGGAAAAAUGAUCCCACGCUAUGGUUCAGAAUAUGCCUUUUGAAAUACCCUGGGAUGUCUUGUUUAAGAAAUGGUAUGCCUUUAUGGUGUAGCUGGAAUAUGAAGCCUGCUCAAGUGCUCCAAAGUGGGACACAAACUCAUCAAAACCUCCAUAAAAAUUCACACUUAAAAAACUGAACUUGUCACGUCUCUAUUACAGCACUGUAACAUCACAAAAUAGUGUCUAGGUCAUACAUUGGGCAUAUUGUUUACUCAGAAGAUGUAACGGAGCAUAAUUGUGUUUUUUGUUUUAUGACAGUGGCACAUAUCAGGUGUAAGAAAUACUCAGCAAAAAUGCAACAUGUAUGUAAAAAUGCCAUUCCCCCCCCCUCACCACAAACAUUGGCAUAAAUUGCUGAAAAAAUGGUGACAAGUUGUCACAAUAUACGCCAUAUAAAAUACCUUGGGGUGUCUGCUUUAUCAAAUGAAAGCCCUUUGUGGGGUUAUUUGAACAGUCACACUGCUAUAAUACCCUAAAAUGAGACAUAGACCCGUCAAAUCCAUCUACGGAAAUUCUAACUAUAGAAAUGGAAAUAGCCUUGUCUCUUAUAUAGCAUUGUAGCUUUACAGAAUAGUGCCAAAGGCACACAAUGGGGGUAUCGUUAUAUUCAGCAGGUGUAGCUGCUCAGGAAUAGCACACACCAACUUUACGAAAUACACAUUACAAAAACCUUGUUAAAUGUGUAUAUGCCAAAAUAGAGAAAAAACAUAAGUUUGCUCCAAUAUUUAGCAGAGAUUGGCGAUGAAAUGGCUAUGUAAAAAGUGUCAAAACAACCUCAGUUAUAUAGCCUGUGAGAUAGAGAUAUAUAUAUAUAUAUAUAUUUUUUUUUUUUUUUGUGGCAAUUUUGUUUUCUGUGAUGGUUACUAAACCUACAAGACAAGCAUGCCAACUUCUAAAAUUGUUUCACAUUGAAAUUUUAUUUUAGUCCUUGUAUUUUGUGUUCUGUAACUUUCAAAAUAAGCUGAAAUCCUACACAUAUUAUGUAGUCUAUAAAUCAAGACACAUAAAUGAAUUUAUUUUGAAUAACUUUUCGUAAGCUGGACAUUCCGUAUAUAUUAGAGUAUAAGUCGACCCGAAUAUAAGCCGAGGCCCCUAAUUUUACCCCAAAAAACUGGGAAAACUUAUUGACUCGAGUAUAUGACUAGGGUCGGAAAUGCAGCAACUACUGGUAAAUUUCUAAAUAAAAUUAGAUCCCCAAAAAUUAUAUGAAUUGAAUAUUUUUUUUACAGUGUGUAUAUAAUGAAUGCAGAGUGUGUGUUUGUGUAGUGUGUGUAUAUGAUGCAGAGUGUGUAAACUUGGUGGGGGGUGGGCAUUUUUAUUUUAAUAUACAUUUUUUUUUUUUUUUUUUAUAUUAUUACAUUUUUAUUUUAUUUGAUUAUAAUAUUAAAAUUUUUAUUUUAUUUUUUUCGUCCCCCCUCCCUGCUUGAUACCUGGCCAGGGAGGGGGGCAAUCAUUCCCUGGUGGUCCAGUGGAUGUGCUGUGCAGGAGCGGGGCUGGGAGCAAACUGUUACUUACUUUUACAGCCGCUCCCUUCUCCUCCGUGCCGUUCAGCUCCAGUUUAAAUCUCGCGGUCUGCGUGCCACGCGGAACGUCGCCACGGUAACCCGUGGCAAUGCUCUGACGGCCGCGGCUUUCGCGAGACUUACAGUGGAGCUGAACGGAACAGAGGAGAACGGAGCUGCUGUAAAGGUAAGUAACAGCUUGCUCCCAGCCCCCAACAGGACCACUGGGCUUGUAAUGAGCCCGGCGGUCCUGGUCUGUAUUAUGGCAAUGUAAGUUGCCAUAAUACAGACAAUGACUUGAGUAUAAGCCCAGUGGGGCUUUUUCAGCACAACAAAUGUGCCGAAAAACUUGUCUUAUACUUGAGUAUAUACGGUAUGUACACGCUAUUAUUGCCAAAACUGUGAAAAAAAAAAUAUUUUUGUUGUUUUCCCAUUUUUGUUGCAUUUUUUUUUUUCACUCAGAAGAAGGCCAAGUGAGACAGCCACUAGGGUGGAUUUAACCCUAUAAUGUAAACAUUGCCGUUUCUACCAAACUGUAAUGUACAUAACUUUGUUAUAAUUACAGGAUCACGGCACCCAGCCCGCUACCUAGAGAUGAAGUUGUCUGGGUUACUUUAGUGCUCCUUUAGAAAGGUCACAACUAACUUUAUCUAUACAUUGCGCUUACACAGUGGUCAGCAAAGGAGACCCUCUUCAGGGAUACCUUUUUAAAGCAUGGUAGUUUUUUGUUUUUUUUUAUGGAGACAUCAAAAAAAAUUUAAACUCUUUAGUACUGGACCAAGGCAAAGCUCAGAAAGGCUCAACAGCAAAACAAUUGUUAAUUUUUCUGGAACAAUAAAUCUAUUAUAUAUAAUAUAUACCUACAUGUAUUUGACUCUGUAAAUGAUGUGCUUAUUCUAUGGGUGAGCGCCUUCAAUACAUCUUAAACAUUGUAGGUACAUAUCUGUGCCAUCUCUCUUCCCUGUGACAUUACUUUCCAAGUAAAAUGUGGAUUGUAAAAUUCUUCUUAUUAUGCAUCCUUAACCUGAGAUCCUUCUGCCCCCUGAAUGUUGAACUGUGGCUUCCAGUAGUCUCUGCAGAGAUUUGAGAGAGUUAUAGUGCUAGCACUUUUAUUUCCAGGCUGAAGAACACCUAUGUUACCUUUUUGCCCUUUCAUUCCAUUUCUUUUAUUGCUGGUGUCUUGUAUGCUCAGUGAGUAAAGUAGAGUAAUUCUUUUGGUUCCUCCCUUAGGAAUGGAAGAGCAUGAUAAAGAAGGCCGUGUUAUCACUGCAGAAUUUGACUCCUACUUCUUGGUUGCUGCUUAUGUCCCUAACUCAAGCCGUGGCCUUGUGCGUCUGGAUUAUCGUCAGCGCUGGGAUGUUGACUUUCGUGGGUACCUCAAGGGGCUAGAGAGCAAGAAACCACUUAUACUGUGUGGUGAUCUGAAUGUGGCACACCAGGAGAUUGAUCUGAAAAACCCUAAGACCAACAAGAAGACACCUGGGUUUACCCCACAGGAGCGACAAGGCUUUACUGAGUUGCUGGCUGAGGGCUUCAUAGACAGCUUUCGGGAGCUGUACCCUGAUACUCCUUAUGCAUAUACCUUUUGGACCUACAUGAUGAACGCACGUGCCAAAAACGUUGGUUGGAGGCUCGAUUACUUUGUGUUGUCAAAAACACUGCAACCGGCUUUGUGUGACAGCAAGAUCAGGAGUAAAGCAAUGGGAAGUGACCACUGCCCCAUUACUCUCUAUAUGGCCAUAUAAAGGGAGAGCGUUAUGACAGCUGCUAAACACAUUUUGUAGUAGCUGCUUCUCUAUAACUAUCCAUAUGGCCAUAUAUAGUGUGAAUCGGCAUGUUCUAUCACUACAGCACCCUAUUGUAUUCCUGUGAAAAGUAGGCACCAUCAGUCCACAUGAUUUUUAAACAUGUCAGAUUCCAAAGAUAUUUUGCAUUGCUUCUAUGUAUAUAUAUAUUUCUCUGGUCAGUAAAAAUUACAUUUCAAACAAAGGGUUGGAGAAUAGUGUUGUGACCUCCCACAAUAUACUAACAUCUUGACUCCAUAUUUAUCAGGGGGAUGGGAGGACUACUUUGUGAUAAUCAUUGUAACCCGUUUAACAGUGAUUUAAUAAAUGCUGUUCCAUAAUCUAGUUAGCAAUUAAAGGGAGUUACUUAUUGCUCUGUAACACUAGAAAUGGCCAUAUGAAACAGAUGUUAGCUAUUACACUCUGUGUGAAUAUAUUACAAUACUUGCUUUCUAUGGGUGCUUUUCCUGCGUGUGACUCUAUACCCUGCAGGCAGUUUUAUUUUAGGACUUCUCUUCCACUUUCCCCCAUAAAAUCUCACUAGGUUUAUUUUUCUGUUCUAUCCUAUUUACAAGAGAACUAAUUCUCCCAAUGUUUGUAAUGUUCUGAUUUCAUUUGUUGUGGUUUUUUUUUUAGUGUUCGACUAACAAGCAGUUUAUUGCUUACUAGGAUGUCAUUCAAAAGCUAAUAUUUUGUAUGAAUCUUUUGUUUUCUUUGGGUUUUUUUAAGCAAGCGGUAAAAUACUAAUGUUUGCCUGAUAACUGAAUAUAGAAUAGUUUAGGGCUUAAGAUUUCAGCUUUUAUGCCGGUAGCCAGGUUGUAAAAGUUACUUGCCAUUACAAGCUUGAAUGACACACUCGGCAGGAGUUAAUACUUACUUACUUGCUAGUGGAAAUUUUGAGUCCUGAAAUAGAUUUCCUCAUGGUAUCAUCAAUAUAACUGGGUACUAUGGAUAUAGUCACAGUUCAAGGGCACAUCUAGUGCUAAAUACUCAUUCAUAGGUUGACAGUAAGGAAUUCACGGAUAUUCUAUGUAUGUUCUGGGGAAUAAAAUAAAUAUUUUUGUUGCACUCCUUUGUUAAGUAGAUCAUCAGAUUAGUGUUAAAAUACCAUAAUUUUUUUCUUGGUUUUAAAGUUAAUCUGGCAUUUAUAAUUUUGAAUGGUAAUGUGUAAUUUUUAUUUAAUUUUUUUUAACAAAAAAGUUUUGUGAAUGGGCAGUCACUGAUUGGCUGAAAGGGUCAGCUGACCGCUCUCAGCCAAAAAGCGUCACCUUUCACCUCUUCAGAGCCAGAGAAACUGUCCGCAAGGAUGCAAUGUAGCCAGAAACAACAGAUUUAGCUUCCAACAAUAUCAAAUAUCAAUAGCAAAUAUAAGGGUAAGGUAUGUCAAAUCACCUUUGGGCUGAUUUAAAUAUUAUUGUCCCUUUAAAGAGACCCUAUAGCUCUAAGAUCACCAUUUAGCUCAGAGCAUGGAGAUGCUGAACAUCAGUAACACUGACCCAUUAAGCACUUCUAGUGGCCGUCUUAGUGAAUGUUGCUAGAGGUGUUCCUAGGAAGUAAUUGUUUUCUCUGAAAAGGCAGUGUUUACAUUAAAAAGCCUGCAGGGACCGGCAGUAGACACUAGAACAACAUUAAGCUAUAGUUGUUCUGGUGACUAUAGUGUCCCUUUAAUUAAUAAACCCACGUUAGAGAUUAUAUCAAUGCAGUCUUGAGAAGACUAUUAUCAGAUGCAAAAGUCUUUGGAGAUUUUAGUUUAAAGUUUUAUCUACACAUCCAGGUAGGCAACCGCUUCCCACAGUUUUGUUGUGAGAAUCUUGUGCUUUUUCUGGAAAACUACAGUUUUGUAUAUCCAUGAAUUCAGAUUCUAUACCUGAAUUUAGUACUAGUAAAAAUGUUGGGUAGUUGUUUUGUAGCUAAACAAUGUAUACUUUUUAGAUAGAAUUGUUUGGGUUUGGCAGCUGGUGAAAAAAAACACAUUGACAGUUGUUAUUCAAUGAAGUGAGAAUUCAAGGUGAAUUCAAAGUAAUUUUAAAAUUUAAGGCUAAAGUAGAAAAACUGGAAGCAUGGCUGACUUGGAGUUUUUUGUUUUUUCUCCGGUUCAGUUAUCAUUACCUCAAAUUUGAAAUUCACUUUGAUUUCCUUACUUUAGUGAAUAAGCCUGUUAUAAAAGCAACCUGAUUUACAUGGUCUGAAUAUUAACCAACAAUGAAUAAAUAUAUAGAUAUGGCUCACAUAAAUGCCCUUAUUCUUAAAGGAACUCUUUAAGCACCAUAACCAUUGCAGUCCACUGUUCAAGAGUGGCUUGGCUUCUUACCUGGGCUUUUCUGCAUCCUAUUAGCUUAUGGAAGCUCCUUGUAGGAGCUUUCAGGCUCCAGAAGAUAAGCCGACGAGUGGAUCCUACCUAAUUUAUCAAAAUGUUUUUAAAAUGGUUUGGCUACGUACAUUGUGAGGGCCGUAGGGUACCUCUGGCAGAAAACCACUACAUCGGUUAUGACACUUGAAGUGUCCCUUUAAUGGGUUUAUUUGAGGAUACAUUAAAUAUGAAAAACUACUUGAAACCUACUUACAAGCCAGCCGUCAAAGGUUUAGAUUUAACAUGUCCAUGUUGAUAGUACUUUUUCCGGAUAAGCCUUUGGGAAUACCUUUUGCUGUUGAAUGUGAACUGCUCAUAUUAUCUUUGUCCUGGAACUGAAAGUAUUUUAGAACAAUUGUCAGAUUUAACUCUGUAAAUUAUCACGGUCACAUCUGGAAAACAUUUUUGGUUUGUUACUUGAGAAAUAAAGAAGCACUGGAAAUUUAAAGUGUGCAUGGUAUUCUAAACCACUAACUAACCAACCUUGGCACCUCUGAUAUUUGAAGCUACAUUUCCCAUGAUGUGAAAAAAAAAAAAAAAAAUGUUGGAGUGCACACUAAAUAUAAUCAGUUAUCAACAAAAAGUGUUUUUCUUCAAUGUUACAUAUCCCAACGCAAAAAUAUAAUACCUAAUUUUAUUUUAAUUGAUUUGUUAUAAUAAAUAGUGCAACAAUACAAUAGUUGGUAAGUUCUUAGUUAAAGGACCACUCAAUGAAGUGGUCUGGGUGCCAGGUCCCUCUGGGAUUAACCCUGCCUGCUGUAAACAUAACAGUUUAAGAGAAACUGCUAUGUUUACUUUAGGGUUAAUCCAGCCUCUAGUGGCUGUCUCAUUGACAGCCGCUAGAGGCGCUUCCGUGCUUCUCACUGUGAUUUUCACAGUGAAAAGACGCCAGCGUCCAUAGGAAAGCAUUGAGAAUGCUUUCCUAUGGACUGGCUGAAUGCGCGCAUUCAGCCGAUGAUAACCGAAGGAGGAGGAGAGUCCCCAGCACCGAGGGAGCCUGGCGCUAGAGAAAGGUGUGUUUAACCCCUUUCUUCCCCCUUAAGCCCAGCAGGAGUGGGACCCUGAGGGUGUGGGCACCCUCAGGGCACUAUAGUGCCAGGAAAACAAGUUUGUUUUCAUGGCACUAUAGUGGUCCUUUAAGCAGGCUAUGCAUUUAAUGGCUGAGACACAAUCAUUUCUGGAACCAAAUUACUAAUAGAAGUGUGGUUGCAUUUUAUAACGUUAUGGUUUAUGGCCUAAAUAACUGAAAUAGUGAAGUGUUUGGAUUUUGAUUGUAAUUAUAUGCCCAAUCUAAUGGGAGAUGUAAUAUAAGUGAAUAUCAGACCCAAGGUGUUUUCAAAAGAGAAAAGGAAUAAAGGAAGUAGGAACCCAAAAGAGACAAAAUGUCAUUUUUUUU